AUGCGGAUCUCCUUCGACGAUGUGGCGGGUAUUGACGGCGCCAGGAAGGAGCUGGAGGAGGUUGUGGACUUCUUGAGACACCCGGCCAGGUACCAGGCCAUUGGCGCCAAAGUGCCCAAAGGAGUGAUGCUCUGCGGUCCAUCGGGCACCGGCAAGACGCUGCUGGCUAGAGCUGUUGCAUCUGAAGCGGGGGUGGCCUUCUUGUUCUGCUCAGCGUCGGAUUUCGUCGAGAUGCUGGUGGGUCGAGGCGCUGCGAGAGUGCGGGACCUCUUCACGCAGGCCUCGCAGUACCCGCAGUGUAUCAUCUUUAUUGACGAAAUCGAUGCGUUGGCUAAAGCUCGCGGUGGAUUCAACUCCAACGAUGAACGGGAGCAGACGCUGAACCAGUUGCUGACAGAGAUGGAUGGCUUUGAGGGAAACGUCAAUGGAGUUAUCGUCAUUGCCGCUACGAACCGCCCGGAGGUGCUUGAUCCGGCAUUGUGUCGCCCCGGUCGCUUUGACCGUCAUGUGUAUGUGGGUCUACCAGAUGCCAAGGGAAGAGAGGCGAUUCUGGAGGUUCACUGCCGCAAUGUGCGCUUGGACAGCGAGGUCGACCUGUCAGUCAUUGCGGAGGAGUGCGGCCAGUUGGGCCAGCGUUCGGGGGCUCAGCUAGCAAGUCUUGUGAAUGAAGCGGCGUUGCUCGCCGUGCGCCAUGGAGACACAAGCAUCAAGCACGCGCACUUUGAACUGGCCAUGAACCGCGCUUUCGAGUCGCAGACCCGCAACAUUGCAGGAUCGUCGUUUGAGUUCACGAUGGAGGAAGUGUCGUAG